GACGCGGACUGCUUUUGCUGCUCCAACGACCACAGGCAUCCCCACACAGGAGAGGAGUUGAUGUGCGACCGAUUUCUGGUAUACAGUAUGCUGAAUGAAUGGUACGGCGGUAUGCAAGCAGACGGCAGCUGCGAAAAUGACGCAGACAACGUACAUCUGAAACAGUUCGACCACCUGGUUCGCGAGGAUCUG